GUAGCACAUGUUUUGCCGGCAAGAAACGUCGAAACCAUUCAAUUGUCAUUUUGGGGUGGUUUGUUGAUUAUCUCGCUGGGACAUGGGUAAAAGACAGAAUUUCAAGAAAAAGUAUCCUUGCCAUGGUGCUAAUAGAAAUAACAAGAAACCGGGUCAGCACUUUGAUAGAAAGGGAAAUUUUAAUCGGCCUCCGAGAGUCCCGCGCGAAAAAAGGGUAAUUACGCCUUUCAGUAGUCUGAAGGAGGAUCAAGUUGGGAUUACAGAGUACGUCAGAGAGAGUGCAGGAUUCACUGGUAUCAUAAAAGCCCGAUUUUCAGAUUUUCAUGUUAAUGAAAUUGAUGCCCAAGGGAACGAAGUCAAACUCACCGAUCAGACAGUUCCAGUGCCCGAGGAAGAUGCCUUAGGGAAAGAACUCCUAGAUAAAAGCAAGAAAGAACUCGAGUCGAUCGUCACGGACGAAAUAUGGCAGAAGAUUCAAGAACUCCUACAAAGUGAAAAAACAGACAAAAAGGUAUCUGUGGACAUCGAUGUAACAGAUGUGGACAAGGAAAAGAGAACUUCUAUCCAUAAAACUAUUAAGGAGGAGUUUGGCUCGGCUGUGAUCAGCACAACUGCAACUGUUGGCGAGAAGAAGUUUAUCCAAUGUUUCAAAGCGAAGGGACAUGAUGAAGUAAGACGAACACGAUGGUCAUGGCCCGGGGAAUAUGUGUACUUUGUUGUGCACAAGGAGAACAUCGACACUGUUCGAGCAGCUUCCGACUUGGCCAGAAAUUUGAGGUUACGCCCAUCAGGAGUGAAUUACGCUGGCACGAAGGACAAACGGGCUAAAACUUCUCAAUUAUUUUGCGUUAAAAAGCGCGAUCCCCAGUGUAUAGCUCGAGCGGCGCGUGAUUUGCGGUAUAUGAAGAUCGGGAACUUCACGUUCAAGGAAAACGUAUUGAAACUAGGAGAUCUGAAAGGCAACAGGUUCCGCAUCGCGAUCCGGCAAGUAGACGGCGACGAAAAUGAAAUGUCCGAAUCCCUGAAAAGCAUCAAGGAAAAUGGCUUCAUAAACUAUUAUGGACUCCAACGGUUCGGGAACUGUGCUGGGGUUCCGACCUUUGAUGUUGGGAUCGCUUUACUGAAAAGUGAUUACAAAGAGGCGUGUGAACUAAUUCUUAAGCCGCGCGACGGCGAGCCCCAUUUCAUGAAGGAAAUCCGUGAGUUAUGGUGGAAGAAUCGCAACUCCGCUGAGGCUGCAUCUAAGUUUUACGACGAUAAGUUCAUUGAGAAGAAACUGUUGGACGGGCUCGCUCAGUUUGGUGAAAACGAUUACGCCAACGCUUUACGCAGAAUACCACGAAAUAUGCUGUUGCUGUACACGCAUGCCUAUCAAAGUCUGGUAUGGAAUCGAAUAGCAUCUCGCCGAGUGAAGGAGUUCGGACUGAAACUGAUCCCCGGUGAUUUGGUGUACAAAGAAGGUGCUAAUGGGGAAGCGGCAGAUUUUGUUGACGUUCUUGAUGUGGUCGAUGCAGAAUGUAUAGAGGACACACCUCAAGACCCGGAAGAAGAGACUGAGAAUAAUGACGAAUCACAGUAUAAGGCUAUGGUGAAGCCUCUCACAGAGGAAGACAUAUCGAGCAACAAGUACUCCAUUUUCGAUGUGGUCUUACCACUCCCUGGGCACGAUAUAACUUAUCCUUCAAACGAUAUUGCUCAGUGGUACGAGGAUAUCCUCGCUGAAAAGGAACUCACCUCCCCAAAACUCAAACACAAUGUGAAAACCUACUCACUAGCCGGAGCUUAUCGUAAAUUACUUGCAAAACCAGAAAACAUGUCCUGGGAAUUUAAACGCUACAAUUCACCGACAUGCACACUGAUCGCAUCAGACAUUGAAGAAUUAAAAGGAGUUAAACCUGACCCCGAGGAAUCGGACGGUGGCCAAAAGGCUUUGAUUCUGGACUUCAGUUUACCAUCAUCAGCCUACGCCACGAUGGCUCUGAGGGAAGUUCUGAAAACGGAUACUUCGGUUGCAAAUCAACAAAAGAUGACGCAGGAAUUGAAUGCAAAGAACGCUGCUAAAGAUAAUGGAGGAGACGGAAAUGAAGUUCAGUUGGAAGUAGGAUGUGAUGGAAGUCAGGAAGUGGACGGAGGGGAUGAAAAUGUUGAACCAGAAGCUGAGGAGGAUGGAAAUGUUGAAGCAGAAGAGGAUGCGGUUGUAGAAGCCGAACCGGAAAAUUGUGCUUCUGGUAAACGUAAGGCUGAUGAUGAUGCUAUUGACUGUAAGAAAGCAAAAGUUGAAUAAAUAUUUUAAAUUGGAAAUAUUGUG